ACAUUGAAGAAAAAAAGGAAUAAAAAAAUCUAAGAAACAUACAAAAAUUGUUGAGCGUACAAUAUUAAACAUAUGUAACUUCAAAUGAAAAUUGUGUAUUUCACUACAUUAAUAUUGUUGACGUGUUAAGCUGAAGUUCUUAACUAAAAAAAAGCUAUAUAUCAAGUAGAAAGAAUAGAGCUACGUGAAUAGAAUUUUCGUAAUUUCUUAUUUAAGAAACAAAACAUACGCGUUUUUGUUACGAUACUUUGACGAAAAAUUCUUAAGUUUGUUCUAAAAUCAUUAAACGAUUCAGUUUGAAUAAAUACGUAAAUAAAUAUAAUACACGAGUUGCAAAUUUUGCUUUGUUAAAGUGUUUGGAUCCAAGUAAAUGGUGUAGUUGACUAUACAAUUAUUAAUAACGGAUUAAAUGCUAAUUACAGGAGAUAGUGGACUAGGAACCGGCACCAUUUCUUCGCGGUGGACACCGGUUGGGGCCGGAUCAGCGGGUACGUUGAUUCCGGCCGAUGCCGGCAAUGUAGAUGUUAAACAUUUAGAUGUGGGUGAUAUGAGUGACGUUAGUGAUGACGAAAAAGACCUUAAUUCAGCAGAUGCUGAAGGUGUCUGGAGUCCAGAUAUAGAACAAAGCUUCCAAGAAGCACUUGCCAUAUAUCCACCAUGCGGUAGAAGAAAAAUUAUAUUAUCAGAGGAGGGGAAAAUGUAUGGACGAAAUGAGCUUAUUGCCCGUUAUAUCAAAAUACGAACAGGAAAAACAAGGACGCGAAAACAAGUUAGUUCUCAUAUUCAAGUACUAGCUAGAAGAAAGUUACGUGAGCUACAAGCGAAAAUGAAAGUGCAAUUUUGGCAACCUGGGCUAACAGGUCCAAGUACAUCACAAGACAUCAAGCCAUUCGGUCCCGGCUGCUAUGGGCCUGGUAAAGCAGGUGGUGCAAUCGUGCCAGGUGACAGUAAUCUUCCAGCAGCCCACACAUGGGAAGGACGAUCCAUAGCUACGCACAAAUUUAGAUUAGUAGAAUUUUCAGCAUAUUUGGAAUUACGUGUUGAGGAAGCGUACCAUAAACAUUUAUUUGUGCAUAUAGGAGAACAGCCUACUCACGCAGUACUAGAGCCGGUAGAUGUGAAGGAAAUUUAUGAUAAAUUCCCGCAAAAAACUGGUGGACUCAAGGAAUUAUACGAGAAAGGACCACAAAAUUCGUUUUUCCUUGUCAAAUUUUGGGCGGAUUUAAAUACGAAUGUACAAAAUGAUACCGGUGCCUUUUAUGGCGUGAGUAGUCAUUAUGAGAGCAACGACAACAUUGUAAUAUCCUGUUCAACCAAAGUUUGCUCCUUCGGAAAACAGGUGGUGGAGAAAGUUGAAACUGAGUAUUCACAUUUAGAAAACGGCCGAUUCGUUUAUCGUAUAAAUCGAUCUCCUAUGUGCGACUACAUGAUCAACUUCAUUAAUAAAUUGAAACAUUUGCCAGAAAAAUAUAUGAUGAAUAGUGUUUUAGAAAAUUUCACCAUUUUGCAGGUUAUUUCUAAUAAAGAAACUCAAGAAACAUUAUUAUGCAUUGCGUUCGUAUUUGAGGUGUCUACCUCAGAGCAUGGAGCUCAACAUCAUAUUUAUCGUUUGGUGCAAGAUUAGCAAGAAGUUUCUUCAUCGCCACUUUUAAGCAGCAAUGAUAUUACUGGAAAUCUUAACAACAGCAACAACAAUAAUCAAACAAGUAUUGAUAAUAAUAUAAAUGAAAACAAAACAACAACAAGAACCACCUCUACUAUCCUUCCAUCGCCUGUAUAUACUCACCCAUAUCAUCCUCAUACUUAUACUUCUUUGUACCAACAACAUAUUUCAGCAGCCACAAAUACACUUUUGAGUAUGUGUAGUACUUCAGGAGAAUCACAAGUAAAUUGUACUGUAAAUCAAAAAAGCGAUAUUAUUAGGGAGUCCACAACUUCUAAGAUGGUCGCAGUAGAAAAUAAAACGAAUUCUUCCGAUAAAACUGAUAUUACAAAAGCAGAUAACACUGAGACAAAAAUAAUUUCUGAGUUCAAUUUUAGUUUUGUGAAACGAGAAAGUAAUUCUUCAACUGGAAAUAAUCAAGCACCAGUUGACUAAAAAUGUGCUGGGCACUUUAAGAUGUCCUGCAAGUACUAAAGCAACAAUCAGAGUAGCAUGUACUUUGAAUAAUCAUUAUGGUUUUUGUUAAGUAAAUAUUCUUAUAUUUAAGUCGUAUGCAAUCAAAAAUGUAUAAAAUCAAAUAUAAAUAUAUUAUAAAAAAAGUUAAUCCCUUUCGUAAAACUAUUUAUAUUAUAUGUACAGAAAUAUAAAUAGAUACAUACAUAUAAAAUGAGACAAAAUUAGAUACCUUACGAAACAUCAUAAAUGUAACUGAUAACUGUAAAAGUCUAUUCUUGUAAGUGUUUUACACUGUAUAAAAUAACGACAUAAACAAUAAAUAUAUUGUAUUAGAUUCUACAAAGUACCCCAGAGGACUACCUAAUACGAUUUAUCUGAGUUUAUCAUUGACAAUACUAUCACUAUCAAACGUAUUCUUCAGCUUUUGAAAGAAAACGACUUUCUUCAUUAAAGAAUAUCAGUGCCUAUAAAUUUCAUGUACGUAUAUAAAACUUGUUCAAACCAAAACUUUUCAAUGUUUUUAAAACACUAAUUCAAUCAUGCUCAUACACAAUUAAAAAUUAUUAAUUAUAAACUCGUUGCCAUUAUACCAUGAUCUUAUUUUGUCAAAUAGGUAGGAGAUAUUGAACAUAAGAGUGCUUUAGAAUACUGCUUUGAGUUGACGGCCACCAUACUUCAAAUUAUUUUCUUUUAAUAUGCUUAUAAUUGUAGCUUUUAUCUUAUAAAUUAUUUUAUGAUCUAAAAAUUGAUACCACCAAUUGAUAUCAUUUUAUAA